AUGUCGCUCAGACGUUGGACCUCCUCGCGCGGAGGCGGUUGGGGGCGGUGCUUCCAGACUCGGGACCUCGCCAGGACCAAUCCUGGCUUGCCGGCUUUAGGCCCUUUCCCUGAGGGCCGGACCAAUCAGAGGGCGUUCCCGUCGCCUUGGCAACAACGGCCAGGACGCGAGAACCUGGUCGCGGGACAGAGGGCUUCUGACUUCCAAGCCAUAUGCGUUGUGAAUCCCAUCUUGUCCUUUGCGGAUCUGGAUAGAAUCUUCUUUCAAAAAAUUCUCGAAAAAGAAGAUGACUUGAAGAAGGCAUUUAGCAUAAUCGAUUCUGAGCAAACCCUGAGGGUGACAAAGAAUCAGCUGAGACGCAUAAUCGAAGUCUACCUUCUGCCUCUCACCAGAAAGCAGUUUAAUGAAGUUCUAUCCCAGAUACCUCUUACCAGCAAUGGGGAAGUGCCCUACCUGGAGUUCCUGGCUAGGUUUGGCAGACUGAUCACAAAUGCUCACUCCCUAAAAAGGGUGACUGGGAGACAGUGUAACAUCAGGUCAUUGAAUCAACUCGAAUGCCUGUUAGGAGAAAAGAUUUUCAAGAACGUGAAAAGCAUCAGCAGGGCCUUUAAGCUCUUUGAUUGUUCGCAUUCCGGCCAGAUUCACCCCGAUGGGCUGAGGCAAGUCCUGGAAAACUACUGCUUCAAGAUGAGGGACGAAGAAUUUGAGAAGCUCUGGAAUCGCUACAGCCUUGGGAAGGACACUGCCCUGGACUACAAUGCAUUCCUAAAGAACCUGGCUAUGAACAUUAACCUGAACCAGAAGUACAGCAUGAGCAACAAAGAGUGUACGUGGAGGGUGAAACCAGAAAAUAAAUACGUAUUCUCCUUCUCUUCAACAUCUGGAGACAGUUGGGAAAACUCUUCUCUGGAUGAAAUUGAAGCAGCAUUCUGCAGAGAGUUUGGUGUGUCCACGGCGAAUAUCGAAAAAGCCCUCAGUGCAUUUGACACCAGCAAGAGAGGAUAUGUGUCUCUGAAUUACUUAAAGAUUGUUGUUGACAACUUUAUAUUCCCAUUACCAAAAGGGAUUUUUCUGCAGCUACUGAAAAGAUUAGGAUUUAAAACCACUGGUAAAAUUGCUUGGAAGCAAUUUUUAAGAAAAUGUCAGGACUGUGCCUUAGUUGACAGUGGAUCCAUGAUUCCCAUGAGGAAGAAGAAAAGCUACUGCAUGGACCUGGGCCCUGGCUGCCUGGACAGAGGACCAGGGACAGGAAGCAAUGGAACCUUGCAAGCCAAGGCUUCUGGCCUAAGUUCCGGGGACCCAGCGGGGCUGGCUGGCAGACCCCUGGUUAUUGUGGCUGACUGGCUGAGCUCUGAGGAGGGUCCUGAGGAGGGGCAGGACUGGGCCUGCCAGGAAGAGGAGGACCUUCCCCCUUUUUAUUCUUCCCCCAGAAUGGGUGGAGCAGAGCCCAUCUUGAAGGAGAACAUUAUCAUGAAGGUUUGCAGACACGUGGAUGACAGUUUUUCCGCCUUGAAGAAGGCCUUCCACAUGUUUAACCCGAAACAGGACGAGAAGAUGACGGGAAAAGAACUGCGGCACAUCCUGAACUGUGUCCUCUGGAAAGUCAGCGACGCCGAGUACAAGGAGCUCAUGCAGAUCCUGGACCCGGCAGCCUCGGGCUAUGUCAACUACGGCACCUUCUUGAACCUGCUGGAAGAGGAGAGCUCCGUGUUUAGAAAAAAAAGACUGAAUGGACUCAAAGAUGAAAAGACACCUCAAUUUCUAGCUUGGGACUCAUUGGAAGAAGUUCUCCAUGAUGCCAUCUCCAAAAACAUGCAAGAUUUCCAUGCCUCGUUGAAGACCUAUGACAUCGGAGACACGGGACUCAUCAGCAGAAAUAACUUAAAGAAAAUCUUACAGACGGUCUGCCGCUUUCUGUCUGAUGAGCAUCUGACAAAACUCUGUGAUAAAUUCCAGGAUGCAACUUCAGGAGGAAUCCUUUACAAGAAACUUUUGGCCAGUAUUGGAAUCACCAGCCUGAGCCAUGACUCUCCAGUCACCGUCCAGAGUUUCCAGUCAGUAAAUGGAAUUUGUCGAAGAGACGAUUUUUCUGAGAGGAGCAAGUACGACUAUAAAAAUGAGCCAAUAAAAAACAAGACUCUCGAAGAAGUGAUUGAGAGUCUCAAGAGCUGGAUCCAGCUACAGGACACCGGCUUUCGGGAUACCUUCCUUGAGUACAGCAAGCAUCCCCUGGAAAAAAUCAGCAAAGAAGAAUUUAGGAAGGUGCUGGAAGAUAACGGAAUGCCUAUGGAUGAUGAGCAGUUUGGCCUGCUGGUGAAAAAAAUAGGAUAUAAAAACGAAGGACUUAGUUAUCUUGAUUUUGCAUCCGGAUUUGAAGCUUCAGAUGGGAAGCUCACUGUACAAGAGCCCUCUGGGAUCCUGGCAGUGCCAACAUCUGUUACUCCAAAGGGUAGUUUUGAGAGUCAUUUUACAUCUGCUGAAGAAUGCCUGAAGAACUUUCCCAAGAGGAUCAAGGAAACCUAUGGGGAUGCCUACUCUGCCUUUUACAAGACGGAUACAAACCAUGAUGGCAUCAUUAACAUGGCAGACUUCAGAACGAUGUUGCAUCACAUGCUGAUCACCUUGAAAGAGGAGGAGUUUAUACGUCUGCUUGAGUCGAUGAAUCUGAAGCCAGGCUUAACGCUAAACUACCGGGAGUUUCGUAACUUGUGUGAGAAGAAACAGUUCAAAAAAGAUGACCCCCCACAAAGGCUUAUCAGGCCCAAGCCGAAGAACACAGACUCAGAGCUGGCUUGUGAUCAGGCUCAUAACUACCUUGUUUCAGAAGCAAGAAACAGAUGGUUCGACUUGUCUAAGAAUUUUCUAGAAACUGACAAUGAAGGCAACGGCAUUCUACGACGCAGGGAUAUACGGAAUUCUCUUUAUGGGUUUGAUAUUCCUAUCACACCAAGGGAAUUUGAAAAGCUCUGGGCGAGAUAUGACACCACUCAAAAAGGGUAUGUUACUUACCAAGAAUUUUUGAACCGAUUGGGAAUUGAGUAUUCCCCUUCCAUCCAUCGGCCGUACGUGGUGGAUCAUUUCAACUUCAUGGGCCACUUCACGAAGCCUGAGCAGAUACUGGAGGAGACCAGGGAGCUGCAGCAGGUGUCCCAAAAGGACAAGUUUAAGGACCAUUACCAAGACAUCAGCCAGGCCUUUGCAAAAUUGGAUAAACAUAAAAAUGCCUUCAUCUCCCUGAAUGAGAUGCAGAAAGUCUUGCAAGAAUAUCAGCCAAACAUAACCGAAGAGGAGAUAAUGACGCUGCUCAAAAGCUGGGGGAUCUCCUAUAACGACAAUAUAAUCUACUACCACGAAUUCCUGAAAGCGCUCGAUAACUUAAAACCUGUCAAGGCUCAAUCCAAGGAGAAGGAAGAAGGUCAGGCAGUGGUCUUCUCACUGCUGGCUCCUGACCAGGUCCUGAAGAAGAUGAAGGAAGUGGUCUCAGCAAACUACAACGCUUUCUUCAAGGCAUUUGCUGCAUAUGAUAAAGAAGAUACAGGCAUAAUCAAAGCGUCAGAUUUUGCACAGGUCAUAAAAGAUUUAUGCCUUAAGCUCAAAGACUCUCAAUACACUUAUGUGCUGAAGAAAUUAAGACUUCAUCUCAACACCCACAUAAAUUGGAAAUUUUUCCUCCGGAACUUCCCCUGUUUCUUUGAGGAGACUGCUGUUGAGUGGUCUGAUAAAAUGCAGAGAGCUUGUAGGCCCAAAUCUCCGAAGGACCAGUCCUUGAAAGAUAUCCUGAUGCGCAUCCGGGAUGUCGUGACAACUCGCUACCUGAACAUAUCCCAGGAAUUUUCUGAUCUUGAUUGUUCCAAAUCAAACUUGAUAUCCAGAGAAGACUUCAGAAGCAUCUGCAAUCGUUACUUCCAGGUCCUGAAUGAUGAGCAGUUCGAGAGCCUCUGGAAUGAGCUGCCCCUCAACAGCGAUGGGAAGCUCAAGUACCAAGAAUUCUUAAGCAAGUUCAACAUGGAGAAAACUCUGAGCCCUCCGGCCACGGGGGAUUCGGUGAAAACCCAGCGAUCGGGAGGCAACAGUCCAGAGGCCGAGGCAGCUCCGGGGACUGCGCCCGCAACAGGAGGUGGCUCCGCCCCAGGGUCCGCACCGCGCCCCCAGACUGGCCCCGAGAGUGCUCCCCCGACCGCUGGCUCCAUGGCUUCCCGGGCCUGGGUCCCCCCCUUGCAGAACUGUGAGGUGAUUGAAACAAAGCUGAGAAAGAAGAUCCAGGGCUGCUGGAAGGAGAUGCUGAAGGAGUGUAAAGAGAAGGACGUGGACAAACACGGAGAAAUCACCGUGGCCGAGUUCCAAGCUCUGGCAGACAAGUACAACCUGGAGAUCAGCAAGGACGAGUGCCAGCAUCUCAUCACCAAAUAUGACCUGAAGAACAACGGCAAGUUUGCGUACUGCGACUUCUUCCAGAGCUGUGUCCUC